AUGGGCCCCUCAACGGCAUCAUCACCUGCGGCCACUUCGAAUUCUUCCAAGGCUAAGCCUUUAUCAUCACUCUUGGAAAUGUCUGAUAUGGAGUUGAAAAGCCAAAUAAAUGAUAACGCUAAAUGGAAGAAGCGGUCAGAAGACACCACUCUCAAUGUCCAUUUCGCAGAACUAGACGAUCAGUGUUCGAAAGCCUGCAAUCUUCUCCUCAUUGGGUCCAGCAUGCUCGAACGCUUCAAAACCACAGGUCACGAUCUCAACUUAGGUUUGAAGCCUCACGUAUUCAAUGCCGGAGUUGGUGGCGACACUAUUCCCAAUGUACUUUACCGCAUGAGUCUAGGCCUCCUUCAGAAAGCCAAGUACCAAGCGAAAGUAGAAACAGUUGUUGUUAAUAUCGGUUCUAAUGAUUUGAAGAAACCAGGCCGGAGCUUGUCGGAGGUUCAACUCUACCAAUUUGCUCUUCACUUGGAGACAUUGAGAAGAACCUUCCCAAGAAUCGUGGUUACGGCACUUUUCUACAAGAAAGAUGUCCGGCUAUCAGAUGUUGAUCGAAGCAAUGAGGAUCUGCGGAGGAUAGUCUCUGGAUUUCCUGGAGUGGAAUGGCUAGCAGCACCGCAGAUGGAUCUCAUCCACCACUAUGAAGAUCACGUCCACUUGAACAGAGCUGGCUAUGAGGUGUGGGAUAAAUGGCUGGUGGAGAAACUUGGGAUAUAG